CACUACCAUUGAGAAAAAUUGAAAUGAAGAGUUAAUGCAGGGAUUUAAAUCCUUGAUUUAGGACCAGACACGGAAUGAUAGUGAGAAACAACAUUAACAUAAACUGCCGAUCAAUUCAGAGGGUUUUUUCCUGCAGACUUGGGCUCUCUGGUAUCUAAGAUGGACACAUGGGUCCGGAUUUCAAAUUCAAAAUGAGUUCAAGAAGAGCAAAGUUCUCAGGGAUUUCAAGGUACAAGAACUGGCAAGGAAUAUACGAGAGUAUCAACUAAGACGGAAAGGAGAGAGAGGAUACUCAAAGUAGUGUUUCUGUGGGAUUUUCUUCUCUCUCUGGACUACCAAGACAUGGGUGAAUCAUCUCCUUGUCUAGUGCGGUCAAUCUCUCAGCUUUCUCCCACUUCUGAUGAAUUCAAAGAGGGAGAUCCACUGCGUGCCCUCACAACAUCAAUCUCAUUUGGGAGGUUCGUGUCACAAUCGUUGGCUUGGGAAAAAUGGUCAUCCUUCACUCACAACCAGUACCUGGAAGAAGUUGAGAAAUACUCCAAGCCUGGUUCUGUUGCUGAGAAAAAAGCUUAUUUCGAAGCCCAUUACAGGAGAAAAGCAGCCAAGAAAGCUUCAGUGUUGCUCGAGCAAGGAAAUGUAGCUGCAAAUGAUUCAUCUGAACCAAAUUUGACGAAUGAGAUAUGUGAUAAUUCUUCCAUGAAUCCAGAGUUGGUGCAAGCAGACAGCCAUGUGCGCAUUGAGGAAACAGAAGGAGAAAAUGCUCAUAAUGUAAAGCUUGUAUUAUCUGUUGAAGCAAUUGGGUGUAAUGCUGAGGGAAACAAUAUAGAAACCGCUAAAGCAGAAGGUGCAGAAUCUGUAACUGAACAAUUGUGCACUGUGGCGAAUACUGUUCAGGUUGAACUUUCCAACCAGAUUGAGAGUGUUGAAAACCACAGUACUAUAGUGUCCAUGCAAGAAAACAACACACAUGUCAAGGAUGCUGCUAAUCAGGGGACUCUAGAAAUGUUGAGAGAGAAGAAACCUGAAAUUUCUUCCUUCAAAUCAUCCACUUGCAGUGGAGCAACCAAGCUUCGACCUCCUGCCAAACCGACUACUCUCGAUAAUCUCAGGAAGGCAGACAAUGCCACUCCAAAUAAUAGGAAGACAGCAAGAGUAUCAUUGGACAAAAAGAGUUCAACUCCAAAAUCUCUUCACAUGACAAUCAAUUUUGCUUCUUGUGCUAGUGAAAACCAACAAAACAUCUUCUCCUAUUCCUCACAAGAGUGGAAAUUCAAGGAUCAUUAAAGGUUUCAUAAAGACAUCCAAAGACAGCUCAACUCAACAAACUCUAACCUGAGUGCUUACUUCCCCCUCCUUGCCAUCAUCUUACCCGCAAAC